AUGGGUGCUUGCUGCGGCAGCGGAAAGAAAAUUUACAUUAAUCACAAAGGUGCUACUAGACAACUAAAAGAGUCCACUGAUAUGAGCACUAUCCUCUCAGAAGUAAAAUCCUUUUAUCCUGAACUCAAUGAUUCCAAUUUUUAUCUUACAAUAAAUGGAGUUAAAUUGGCUUCAGAAAAUCAACUAGCACAAGCUCUACGCAAAAAAAGCACGCUCACACUUGCAGUGGUAGUCAAAGAAGAAGUAAAGAUUUCAUCAACAAUGUCAAUUUACCCUCUUUCUCAAACUACAUGCAGCUUUUCAUUAGACAGCAAUAAAUUCACAGCAUUGCUUCUGACUCCUAAGUAUGUUUUAGUUCCUAAAAUCGCAAUUUCAAAUAAUAAUGAUCUUGAGAAAGUAAAGAUUCAGCUCUAUGAUUACAAGAAAACUUUGUCUUUAAAAGAAGGCACAUACAUUGAUUUGAAAAAAAUUCCAUUUGUCAUCCUCGAGCUAAAUAUUACAAGAGAUAUCAAAAGUGAGUUGAAGAAAAGGAGUUUUUGUGCUUUAGACAUAAGUGAUCAAAACUAUCCAGGUGAUAAAUGUAUUGCUUUAUUUUUUUCACAACAAAAGCCCACACUAAGCGAAGAAAGAAUAGAAAUUUUAGCAGUCAAUAAAAAUGUUUUCUCCAUUUCUAAGACUUUGCCAUUUAGCUCACUUGGUGGAGGAGUUUGUGGGACAUCAGGAAAACUAAAAGGAAUUAUCGCUGGAGCAGAGUCAGGAAAAUGCCUCGCCAUUUCAAUCACUUCUAUAAUUGAUGCUCUUCAGGCUAUUUCCCAAGAUGAAUCAACUGUUGAAUAUAAGCUAUGAAAAUCAGUCAUGAAAAUUUAUGAGCUUACAUUCCCACCUCCAAUCACUCCAAAUGAGCAAAUAUAUGUGAAGAAAGAUAGCAUUGAAGAGAUUGAGGCUGAUGAAAUCAUUUUUGAAGUGAAGAGAGAAGGAAUAUAUAAUAAACAGAUGAAAGAAGGUAGUGAAGAACAAGCUUCAAAUCUAGAAGUUGAGGUAAAUAUCCCAAUGCAUCCAGCGAUUCAGGUAGAAGAAGAGGAAGAGGAAGAAGAGCCAGCUUUACAGAUUCCUUAUAAAGAAAUUACAGCUUAUAUCAACCCCUUAACAAGUCAAAUGAUAACUUAUCAUCCAAAUGAAUAUUCAGUCACAUACCAUGACCUCAAAGCUGACCUUUAUAACGAUUUCACUAUUGUGCCAUCAGAACAAGGACUUUAUAUCAUUUCAGAAGACAAAGCUUGGCUUUGGGAAACCAACAAACUUACCCCUCUAAAUGAGCUUCAGGUCGUCCACAAAAAGCAUGCAGCUGCUAUAUACAAAAAUAUGCUUAUCGUUAUUAGUGGCAAAAACACUUCAAAAGUAGAAGGAUUUAAUUUAAUCAGCAAAACUAACUGGAUGUUUUUAGAAGACUUAAAUAAGCCAAGAGAAUCAGCUGUUGCUUUAUCAAUGGAAGAUGGAUUAUACUUAUAUGGAGGAAUAAAACAUGAAAAAACAUGCAAUUCAGUGCUGAGAUAUAAUUUCAGAUGGGAAAAAAUAGGCUGGAAGCUUCCUGAAAGGCUUUCCCAGUUUGGAGUAUUAAAAGCUGAUAGUGGAAUUAUUGUAUUUGGAGGCUAUACAGCUGAUGGAGCUGAAAACACUAUGGCAUGGGAAGUAGAAAAUGGAGAAAGCCGUGAGAUAGGAGAGCCACCUGUAAGAGGAUCUUUCUAUGGCCACCACGCAGGCCGAUUUGGAGCCCUUUAUGUGACAUCUACAAUUAACGGCCGCUUACUGUCCUUCAAUGCUAAAAACAAGAAAUUCUACUUGCUUUCAAUCGGCAACAAUGAAGGUUUUGCAAUUUAG